AUGUCGAACAAUCCGCGAUUGUCUUCCAGCUCGGAUGAUUCGGUGUCGGGAAGGACAUCCCCCAUUCAUGGCUUCGACUCUACCGCUGCCCUGAUUGUUGUACCAGACACGGAGGAAACAUCAAACAGCGCUCCGUUCGACUUGACUAGCGAAGAUGAUACUGACGACGAGUCAGAAUUGCAGGCAGAGCGUGUCCAGUCGUCGGCAAUUCCGCCCUUGUCAUCUACUACUGUAUUCCUCUAUCUGUUAUCGCCUUUUAUCAAACUUGGUGCAAUGCUGGUGACGGAUUGUACCGCAUCCUUACAGGUUACCUUACCAGCCCUCCUGUUCUUUGCGGGCCUAUCAGCAUUCGCGAGGCAAAUUUGGUAUAUGCUGGCGCGGUACGUGCGGAGAGCGGAUUUGGAGGAAAUUGUGCUGGAAGCGUUUGCAAGGGAAAGGGGAAAGGAAGGUCGCAGGCUAUUCCUAAGAUUUCUCGUCCGUUUUGGCUCGGGGUUACUGAGAAUCCUCUUGUCAGCAAUCUAUAUCAGAGCGUCGACAGACGUAUUGGUUCCAUUAUUCCCUGACCGCCUGGUGCUGCCCACUUACAUAGCAAUAAUUCUCCUACUGGCAGUCAUCAUUUCUCCUUUUUAUUUCUCCCCGAAUCUGGGCAUCAGCAGAGUUGUAUAUACGACCUGGGCUUCACUGGCCGCCUUUGUGGCUUGGAUAAUCUGCAUUGCAUACACUCAUGCGUCGAGCACUAUCGCAUCGAAUGCAUCUUCAAAUUCGCUGGGGACCCUAUGGAGAGGAUUGUCCGUCAUUCCCUUUGCAUUUACUACAUCCUCGACCAUUCCUCUGUAUGCUUCCCUUCGAGGGACAAUGCAACCUCUGAGCACAAGGCCUCGGAGAUCCCAUUCGUUCAAGUUGCUGUCCGUGCUUUCUGUGGGAGUAGCUGUCUUGUGUAUCAUCCCCGUUGCGAUCUCUCAAUCAAACCAAAGGCCUGCGUCGCAGGACACGGCCCCAGAAUUCCUAGCAACCAUGACUUCCAUAUUCAGCGCCAGUACUCUGGUGCUAUCUGUCCCGUCCAUAUUGAUUCUGACCCCUGGGAUACCUUUACCCUUCUCUCUCCGCCGCGCAAUCCCUCUUCCUCUUUCAAAGUGUCUGGUUUAUCUUUUCACCAUCGGCUUCUCCCUCGUACCAAAGUCUGUAAUGAGUAUAUUGAGUGACACUCUCUGGAUUUCCACUUUCCUCGGGACAUAUUUCCUUCCCGCGUUUAUUCACAUCAUACUUCACAAUUUCCGCCGGCCACUAUCGAUCGUCGUCCCUCCUCAUACACCGGUUAUGACAAGUCCAAGUAGCGCACAAAGUGACGAGCACAGCGACUCUCGGAAUGACGAGCUCCUCCAGCGGAAAGAGCGCACAUUGCAACGACGUCGCCUUGGUCGCAGAAUUGUUUGGGACAUUGGUGGUAGUGCGUCCGUGGUUGAGCUGCUGCGCAGCGAGCGAAGACAAAUUUUGCGCGUUUGCGUCUAG